UUCGGUGCGUGUAAGGUGUUUGCCAUGAUUUUCUUUCAGCGUUUCCCCUUCUCUGAGAAUGGGACAGUCCUGAGUGUGUAGCAAUUGUAAACGAUACAAUGUAUCCACGUCUGCUGUUCGCCAGCAAACUUUCUGCCGCGCUCCGGUGCUCGGAAACUUUACCCGCACUUUGCAACAUCCCCGGAGGAAGAGGCAUGCAGAGUGCCGGCGAUCCGCACCUCAGCAAACUCGGUGAGGAGGGAGCGAGAGCGAUUCAGAGCAUCCACUCCGAGAAUGUCCCAGACACUCACGAUAUACCCAUGAGGAUCCUCAUCAGACCUUUCCCGCCCGUCUUGGACGAAGAUAAAGUCAAGAGUUUAAUGGAAACCAUAAAGAACCCAGAAGAGUUGCACAAAGUGCCUCCGAUUGACGUCUUAUGGAUUAAGGGUCAACAAGGUGGAGAUUAUUACUACUCAUUCGGAGGUUGUCACCGGUACGCAGCCUACCAGCGUCUGAACAUGGAAACCGUUCCUGCCAAGAUUAUCAAAUCCACCAUCGCAGACCUGCGGAUGUACUUGGGAUCAUCAACCCCAAACCUUCAGUGAAGGGAUGAGGGCACAUCCUGACCGACACAGCUAUCUGUCUCCUGGUGCUGACAAAAUUUUAUUUUCUAAUUAUAUUCCUUAAUUAGAGAGGUCAGUGACUCUACUUAAGAUAAUUUAGAGAGGCAUUCAAAAGAUUUUAUUUGUCACACAUAUAUCGAAACAUACAGUGAAAUAUGUUGUUUGCAUCAGCGAUUAACACUGUCUGAGGAUGUAUUGGGCUGUCUGCAAGUGUCACCACAUUUCUGGUGCCAACAUAGCAUGCUCACCCCACAACUCACUAACCCUAAUCCUAACCAGUAUGCCUUCGGAAUGCGGGCGGGGGGAGAACCGAAGGAUGUGGAGGAAACCCAUGCAGUCACGGGGAGAACGUAAAAACUCCUUACUGGCAGAGGUGGGAAUUGAACCCCGAUCGGUGAUUUCUGGAUCUGUAAUGCACUGUACUCACUGCAAGACAAGAUUAGUGGGAGUGUGAACCUACUACAGGAGGAGGGGUUUUAUCUGUAUCAUGGUGAGCAAGAGUUCGAUGGGCCAAAUGGCCUAGUUCUACUCCUAUGCCUUUUGGCCUAAAGGGCCAUAAUCUACAGGGCUGUGGAUUGGGAACUGGGAAGUGGGACAGUCUCACUGAUGUUUUCUUUGUCCUACCUAAACAUAAAGGGCUGAGUGGCCUCACUCUUCACUGGGUGAAUCUACAAUGAACAGGCAGGACUUCAAGCUACAGAGCUGGAAAUAGAAUCAAGCUGUGGUAGCGGAGGAUGGUGCAAUCGCAUGCUUAAACACUCGGUGCUGAAUAAGGAUGCCCGCCGUAUCCACUACCUCCUGCAGCUGGUGAUCAUGCCGACAAAAACUCCGAGCAGCUUCCAUCAGUGUGACCGCAUACUGAGCUCUCCUCCGAUCAUCCGGUUUACUUGCUCACUGGCCAGUGCUUACCAUAAGGAAUGUACACUGUGGGGUCUGUUAGUGUGGAGCAACACUUUCCUUCUAACUGCAAUUAAAUAAAUAAAGCUUAUUUGUUGAAUACCUUUCCAAAGUCAACAUCCAUUUAUUAUCAGAGUACAUAUGCGGUAUCCAACUCUGAGAUUCGUCUUCCCCACUGACAGCCACAAAACAAAACCAUCGAAGCCACUUAAAGAAAAAUAUCAAACCCCCAACACACAUAAACAGAACAAAUCGCACAAAAGGCAAAAAAAAAAUACAGAAUAUAGAACACCAAAUCACAAAGACAUCUAAAGAGUUCUGUGCUGAAUCUUUCCCUGACAAUUUCUGGUUACUUUCCACACACUCUGUACAACCUAAACAGUUUGUGAUAUUUGAUUGAGCCAGGU